CUCGCCUCAUUUAGCCGUCUUCUGUGUUGUUUUCUAACCUGGAAUAGUUUGGAUGUCCGCCGGAAACCGUGGGAUUUUUUGACAUCCGCGUUCAGCACAGCAAGCAACUCCUGUCAAAGUUUACUUCUUGGGAUUUUGCAUGGUUGCUCUCUGAAGACCUGAAGUGAAGAGAGAAGAGAGUUCCUUACCGCAGUUUCUCCUCUGACCGUCCUACUAUCCAAACAGCUGGAGUCCUCAUCAUGUGGAGACGAUUCAAAAGUUUAAUAUUGCUUCUUACAAUAUGGCACCAAGCAUCUGCAGGUCCUGUGUUCCGAAGCCCGUGUGAGCUGCUCCCGGUGGGGCAGGGACACCCGGUACAGGCCUUGUCCAAAACCUUCACUGUCCUGGCCGGAUGUGCGAGCAGAGGAACCAGCCUUCUACCCCAGGAGGUGCACGUGGUCAACCUCAGAGGACGCACACCAGAGGAACAGGACGGGACACUAGCACAGGUGCAGCUCCAUCUGAAGCCCAUCCAGUCUAUGCUCCAUCACCAGAAGGCCCUGGUGUUUGUGCUGAACUCCCCGCAGCCGCUCACAUGGAGGAUCCGCACAGAGAACCUGGCCCCCGGCGCCACACACACCUUUCAUGUUUCAGAAGACUCACAGGUCCAGUUCCAGUCCUCAGACCUGGCUCUCUCUCACUCUCACAUCCUGAAGGAGAAUCUGCCCCAUGGAAAUGAGCACCUCCUCAACUGGGCCCAAAAGAAGUACAAGGCUGUCACCUCCUUCUCCGAGAUGCGCAUGACCCAGGACAUCUACAUCAAAGUGGGAGAAGAUCCAGUCUUCUCCGACACGUGUAAGAUUGACACGCGGUUCCUGUCUCUGAAUUACCUGGGCGGGUACGUGGAGCCCCAGCCCUCCAAAGGCUGCGUCCUCUACGGGUCCGAUAAGGACAAAGAAGUGCACGUCAUCGAACUGCAGGCCCCCAACUCCAGCAGUGCAUUCCAGGUGGAUGUGAUUGUGGAUCUUCAGCCCCUGGAGGAGGACGCCCCUCUUCACCGCGACGUUGUCCUCAUCCUCAAAUGCGCCAAAGCCGUCAACUGGGUCAUCAAGGCACACAGAAUAAUGGGCAAGCUUCAAGUGGUGGCCUCCGACACCAUCAGCAUUGGUUCUGGCACAGAGAAGUUGAUGCAGGUGACUAAAGUGCCCAAGCAGCCUUUACCUUUGGGCUCUCAGAACCUGAUCCAGUGGGCCGAGGAGCACGGCUAUGGCCCGGUCACCUCCUACACCAGCACUUCUGUGGCCAACCACUUCAACCUCAGGCUCCGCGAACAAGUGGACCCUCUGGAGAGCAUGUUCCUUCCGGAUCUGUCCAUCCUCCAUGACUCCAGGCCUCACCAUGAGCCCAGGAGCGCCCCUCGUCUCUCUGACAUUCCCCCCCACUUCGCCCCCUUCCACCCUUCCGCAUCAGACGACUACAUGCGCCUGCCUCCCUCCCUGGGCGACAGGGCAUGGGACAUCGAGGGCCCGGAGGAGGUUCAGGGAAUGCUCAAUGUGGGGCUGACGGUGCAGUGUGAAGAGUCCAGGAUGGUGGUUAGCAUAGACAAAGACAGUCUCACGGCAUACGGAUUUACCAACGCCAGCCUCACGCUUCAGGACCCAGAAUGCAAAGCGACAGUGAAUGCCACGCACUACAGGCUGGAGACUCCUCUGGAUGGGUGCCUGACCGCUGUGUACCCCAUGCACAGCAGCUUCACAGAACUACACAUCAACUCUGUUCAUAUUAGUCACGCUGAGUCCAAAGACGGGAGAGGUGGACCCUCGGCGUUGGAACUGGCUAUGGCCUCUGAAGACGGGCAUUUCCCCAGAGACGCUGACUGGGACCACGCGGAGCCCUCCUCUGUCGUUACGUUCAACUGCAGCUACGCAACAAAGCCGGACUCUUCAGAAUUCAUGCCCAGGAUAAUGCCAGAACCCCAGAGGCCUAAGCCAGUCAACGUGUCCUUCUCCAUGGAGCUGUACGACACUCUGCCAUUCAAUGAGCCUUCACGACAGGCCUUCUACACAGUCUCACAAAACCAGCAAGUCUAUGUCCAGAUCACCUCUGGCACGUCCGACCCAGACCUGAGCUUCACCAUCAUCUCAUGCCUCAUCUCCCCCAACUUCAACCCCCGAGGCCCCUCAGACUACCUCCUCAUCGAAACCGUCUGCCCCACGGACGACUCCAUCAAAUUCUACCCAGACCAGAACCUCCAGAACCAAAAGAAGACAUUCAGUUUCAACUUCAACUCAAAGUUCAACACGUCUCUGCUCUUCCUCCACUGUGAUAUGUCGCUAUGCUCCAAAAAGUCUUCGGGAUCAUUGCCAGCGUGCUUACAGCCGUAUGAAUCCUGUGAUUCUCUGUCGGCGGAUAAGAUCAUGGCAAUGGUGAUGAACACCAAGACUGCUACUAAGUCUUUAGUCGUGCUGGACGGGUCCACAGAACCUGAUAUCACAGAUCUUCCCGAUCGGACACCACAGCCAAGUCCCCCGCGCACAGACAAAGAAAGUGAUGUGUACGUGCUGGACACUCCGACAGUGGUUGGCAUCGCCUUCGCCGCGUUUGUGAUCGGGGCGCUUUUGACCGGAGCUCUGUGGUUCAUCUACUCCCACACAGGGGAGAGCAGUAGUGGUCAACAGCCCGUGCAGAAGCCCCAGCCUCCGGCCUCUGAAAACAGCAGUGCGGCCCCCAGCAUCGGCAGCACCCAGAGCACCCCGUGUUCCAGCAGCAGCAACGCAUAGCACCCACCACCUUCUCCCAGCACCCAAGGGAUCACACCAGACCAAAAACAGCGGCAAAUCUGACCAAAAGGACAUCACUGACUUCACAAAAUAAGGACUUAUACAGAUUAGACAGAUCUAAACCAGGACUAAACCAGUACUUUUUGACUGAACCAAUGUUGUAAAACUAAACUAAGACUAAACCAUUGCUAAUUUAUAAACAAUAUUGGAUGAGAAUAGGAUUUAAUUAGAAUUUAAGUAGAAGUAAAAUUUGAAUUAUCUAAAACUAAAAAAGACUUAAAGAGAAACCAGGUUUUCAAUGGCACCAUGGUAGUUUUUAGGGAGUGACCAAUCAGAUUUCAUCGGCAUUUUUAAUUCUUUUUUUUUAAAAGUAUUCAUUCGUGUUAAAUUAUCCCCUUGACUUGGGCCGACCUUUGUGUCCACCAUUGACACAAAAUCCAGAACUAAACCAAGACUAAACCUGAUCUACAGUACAUUACAAACCCAGGACUAAAUAAGUUAACUCAUAUGAAAUCAGACCAAAACCAAAAUCAAAUCUUGUGUAAUUUUCACCGCGGGAGUCCGAACAACCGACCAUUACUCCUGACUGACAUAAAACUACAAGAAUCUACACUCCUCCAAUCCAAAUGCUGUUUUACUUGCCCUAUUUUUAUAGUUUUGCCCUUACAUGGACAUGGCAUACAAGCUUCUAAACAGGCCGAGGGCAUCCAAAGAAACAAUGACGUCUUGGCAUGGACUACAAUACAUUACAUCAACCACUAUUAACAAGUUAACACACGCAAGAGGAGAGUGUAGCAACUGAAUGUACGCCAAAUGUGAACGCUAAAUGUGAAAUACAUGCUGAAAUACCAUGAUUUUAGCUGUCAAAAAUGAUGGUAAAAUUAAAAAUAUAUAUAUUAUAGGAAGUAUUUUAGAUCCACAUUGCUGUAAGGGUUACUGUGGUAAUGUUAUAUUAAGAUGGAGAUUGCAGCAGCUCUAGUAGCUUCAAGUCUCUGUAAUUUUGAUAGUUGGUAAAAGGAAAAGUUCAACAUUUUGGGGCUGAAUCCAAAAAUUAAGACGUUUCCACAUUUCAAAAUCCACCCAGCAGCUAAAUGUUUACCAGAAACACCUAGCUUUAAUCAGGGAAGUACUGUGUGAUGUCAUGUAGCACUUGAAGUGGUUCGUGGUUAGGUAUUCACCCCAAACUAGAAGAUUUUGUCGCAUUUGUUACUGCAAAUUAAGUGCCAAUACUGAAUGUAACUAGGCAUCUUGCAUUUAGACAUCUUAUCUAAAUUAUAAGAUUAAUUUAAUUUAAGAUUAACUCCGAAAUGUUGAACUAUUCCUCUAAAUAAUGUAUAUAUUUGUGAAUACUGUAAAUACCAAAAUAAUAAUGUGGACAUAAAGUGUGUUUUCUACAUGUGCAUAAAACAAAAGGGUAAUACUUAUAUUGUCUUUAUCAUGACUUAUGAAGCUAAGGUUAAGUUCACACCAAUGCAUAUUAACUUAAGGCAUUUAAAGAUACACUAUGUCACUUUUCUGGUGGAGGAGGGCCUGACACCGACUUGUCUCCAUGUAGAUUAUAUUGGUUUGCCUGGAUUACAAUUAUUACACCUAAUGCCGUAAGUCAAUUACAUUUGUUUUUAUUGCCAAACCAGGAAAACCAACAUUUGUACUAUUAACAGGUUCACCACUUUAGGUUACGUUCAGACUGCAGGGCUUAAUUCUGAUUUUUUUUUGUCAAAUCCAGUUUUUUUGCAAGGUCAUUCACAAUUUCAAUUAAAUUUAACUUGUAUGUGAUCUCCAGUGUGAACUUUAAACACCCCAAAAGUGUCCCGCAUGUGCAUUGGAGGACACGACGACAUCACAUGCAGUGAGUGUGCUCAGCGUUUACGGACGUAGACUAAAGGCUGAGCUUGUCUCUCAAAAUAUGGUCCCGUUGUUCGUAAAAUGGACAGGUUACACGUCCACGGCCGCUUCGUUUGUUUGAGUCUUUAGUCUCUUUGUAUUUGGCUCGCAGGCUCUUUAUUUUUGUUGACACUGGAGCCAGGACCUGUAGCCGCGCUCGACCAUUUCUUUGGCAAUCAUUUCAAAAACCACCCGGUUCUGAUAAGACUCCUCCAAUUUGGCCUGAAUACAGAGAUCAACCCAAAUAUUAAUUAACUCGCUAACCUCGCUUUCCCUCCAUUGACUAGACUCUGAGCCUGACGUGUAGGUGGGAUGAAUGUGACCUGGCCGUUCAGACUGAAGUCGCAUGUCAAAAGAAGAAAAAAAUGGAUCAGAUCAGAUACAGUUCACAUAGGGGUGGAAAAAUCGGAUUUGGGUCACGUCACGCUGCAGUCUGAACAUAUCCUUAGAUCUGAUUAUCUGACCACUAAAUUUGAGUGGUUGCCUCACCUGUUUUAUUGUUUGUCUCCAUGGAGAUACUUAAGCUUAACAGGUGACAGACCCUCCACCAGAAAAGUUACACCGUGCACUUUUAAGGCACUAUCAGGCAGUAGAAUCAAAGAUAACAGAGUAACAGAGUGUAGCUUUAACACCCCUAGUUAUGAAUAAACAACAAAACAAAAGUAGUAUUAACAAGAGAGUGCUACCUUAAAAAUAAUCACAGUUUUAAUUUAUGAAAAAGUUGCUUUAAGUGAAUGCGUUGGUGUGAACAUAGCCUCUUUGAUUUUAUAUCCUGGCUCACCACCGUGUUACAAUUGUGAAUGUUACGUCCAAUAUUUUGCAGCCACAAACUCACAGAGGGACAGAAUGUAAACUAUCCUAAACCUUUUUUUUUUUUAUAUUGUGUGUACACUUGUAUAGAACUUUCUACAGAGGGAACAGAGCAUAGAGUUAUAUUUGUUUAUAAAAUAUAUUUUGGAAUAUAAGAGGAAUUUAUUAAUGUGUAGUAUGUGUGUGCAUGGACGUGUGUGUGUACUGUGUGCGCUUUGAAGAUUGGAGAUUUGAAAUUAAAAUGUUUGCAAUGGUUUCUUAUAAAACGCUUUCUACCGUAUGUGAAUUUUAAGCCAAUUUCAAUUUCUAUGC